ACCAAAACUAAACUAAAAGAUGCUCUGAAAAGGGUUUAAGCUCAACAAAAACACACCAUUCAAAACCAGGAACCACAACAACAAUAAGUCGGAGAAAAACUAUUGGAUCAUCCUUGUUUUGCAUUUAAUGGCCAUGCAGGAUAUACGCCUACGUCUUGAACCGCAACAUAAUACGGCCACAUUCUCAACCAGUUCGACCCUUCCAACUGCCGAAACAACUCUAAUUGAAACAGCUAGUGAAAAGUCAUCAACUCAGUCAAAUGCAAUAGAUUUCAGUGACUCCUCGGCGAAUACAGCAAGUGCUCCACAUUAUUUCCAUCACCAUCAUCAUCAUCAUCAGUACCAGCAGCAGCAGCAGCAGACGCAGCAAGUGCAGCCAACUGCAACUAGACGGCAUCAUCACGUGGAACAGCUGCAACUCUUGCAUAGUCAUCAUCAUGCCCAGACCGGGCAACAGGAGGACCUCGACCAUCACAAUCAUCAUCAACAGCAGCAACAGAAUCAGCAGCUGCACUUGCCACGCUCGCCCAGCUCCGAAGAGGAUAAUUCACCCACAGAAAUGAAUAAUUGUCGUCGUUUGGUUGAUAAACCUCCAUUGGUAAAACGUCUCACCAUGGGCAUUGGCCUGCUACGGGGCACCGAAGAUAGCCGUCCCUUGGUGCAUAAUACCUGCUCCUCUUCACUCAAUUCGGCCGGCUCCACGCAAACCAUUUCCGAUGGCUAUGUGAACGAGGCCAUCUGUGAGCCGGAUAAAUAUGUUGCCAGCAAAUUUGGUGAUUCAUGCCGUCAAUCGUUAACGGCAUUGGAAACGGCCACACAGAGAUUACAAACCGAAAUGCCUGCCAGCAAGAAAUAUUUAAGGGAAACAUGCAGUGCCAACUCCAGUCCCAAGCUCUUUGCCUCGAACAGUGGCUCACCUUUACGUUUGGAUAACUUGAGUUUAGCCGAACAACAAGAAUUGAAAGGAGCUGCCUGGUUCCAGGCGGGAAUACCACGUGAAAUAUCCCUAGAAGUCCUUUCGCGACAAAGUCCGGGUGCAUUCCUCGUACGUCAGAGUAGUACGAAACCAGGAUGCUUUGCCCUAUCGCUCAGAGUGCCGCCACCAUCACCCAGAGUGGCCCAUUACUUGAUAUUGCGCACACAAAGGGGCUACAAAAUAAAGGGCUUUACCAAGGAAUUUAGUUCAUUGAAAGCUCUGAUUACCCAUCAUUCGGUAAUGCCAGAACUUUUGCCAGUGCCGCUUACUUUACCCCGUCCACCGCAUCUAAGGACACCAGCAGCCUAUGGCCAUGGUAAUGGUGGUGGUGGUGCAAGCGGUGGUGCUGGUGCUGGUGGUGGUGCUAAUGGUGGCGGUGCUGGAGAUUUCGAAAUGUAUGGCUCGUUGAAUGAUUUUCGUAAAAUGAUGGCCGAUUUGAAUGUGUGAUGGCCGCGCUUGGACCUGGGAGUACUUAAUUAAUUAUAUAAUUAUGUCAUGUUGAUUGAAUUAAGCUUCGCCUGGUUGGGUCUGUGGACCAUGUCUGGGCUGGAUAACAAUCUGUUUAAUUUGCGUAAUUGGCUGUGCUGACGGUUGACGUGGCUACCAACAUAACAGUAAAACAAACCUGUCGUCCAGGUGCAAAUAUAUAUAUAUACACAUAU